CUUUUAUAGCCGUCAUUACCAUUCUGGACCCCAAGAAGGCCUGGAACAGAAGAUCAAAAGCAGAGAAGAGAGCGUAUAUAAGCAUACAUACACUCCCUCUGCUCCGGUAUUGUGGUUGAUCUCCAAACGCGUCAUCCCUCCCAACCCUCAAACGCCUUGUUCGCCGGAGACCGCGCGCAUUCACAGCUCGCCAUGUCGCCUUCCGCAGUCGAUGACGCUCCCAAGGCCACAGGGGCAGCCAUCUCAGUCAAGCCCAACAUUGGCGUCUUCACAAAUCCAAAACAUGACCUCUGGAUUAGCGAAGCUGAACCCAGCGCCGAUGCCGUCAAAUCUGGCGCUGAUCUGAAGCCCGGCGAGGUGACCAUUGCUGUCCGCAGCACUGGUAUCUGUGGUUCAGAUGUCCAUUUCUGGCACGCCGGCUGCAUUGGGCCCAUGAUCGUCGAGGGCGACCACAUCCUCGGCCACGAGUCUGCCGGCGAGGUCAUCGCCGUCCACCCGACUGUCAGUAGCCUCCAAAUCGGCGAUCGGGUUGCCAUCGAGCCCAACAUCAUCUGCAACGCAUGCGAGCCCUGCCUGACAGGUCGAUACAACGGCUGCGAAAAGGUCGAGUUCCUAUCCACGCCGCCAGUGCCCGGACUGCUGCGACGCUACGUCAACCACCCAGCCGUUUGGUGCCACAAGAUUGGCAACAUGUCGUGGGAGAACGGCGCGCUGCUGGAGCCCCUGAGCGUGGCUCUGGCCGGCAUGCAGAGGGCCAAGGUUCAGCUCGGUGACCCCGUGCUGGUCUGCGGCGCUGGUCCGAUUGGAUUGGUGUCAAUGCUGUGCGCUGCUGCCGCCGGUGCUUGCCCGCUUGUCAUCACAGACAUUUCAGAGAGCCGUCUGGCGUUUGCAAAGGAGAUCUGCCCCCGCGUCACCACGCACCGCAUCGAGAUUGGCAAGUCGGCUGAGGAAACGGCCAAAAGCAUCGUCAGCUCUUUUGGGGGCGUCGAGCCAGCCGUGACCCUGGAGUGCACCGGUGUGGAGAGCAGCAUUGCAGCGGCCAUCUGGGCCAGCAAGUUUGGAGGAAAGGUCUUUGUGAUCGGCGUCGGCAAGAAUGAAAUCAGCAUUCCCUUUAUGAGGGCCAGUGUACGCGAGGUCGAUAUCCAGCUGCAGUAUCGCUACAGCAACACCUGGCCUCGUGCCAUCCGGCUCAUCGAGAGCGGUGUCAUCGAUCUAUCCAAAUUUGUGACGCAUCGCUUCCCGCUGGAGGAUGCCGUCAAGGCAUUUGAGACGUCAGCAGAUCCCAAGAGCGGCGCCAUUAAGGUCAUGAUUCAGAGCCUGGAUUGAGAGUGAGGUGCUACCAGGUAGAGGUAGAUAAUAGAUAGAUGAUGAAGAUGGAAAGACUGCGGGCGCAAGAAUCGGGCGGAUAGGGAGUUGGCUGUAAUGGUUUGCAAAGCAU